AUGACACACGCUUCUUCCAACGACCAUCUCGAAUCUUUCCCUGUUGAGAAUUAUGGUGUACCUCACAGUAUAGCCUAUGCUCAAAAUACACCCCAAGGCACACUUCACUAUCUCGAACAGGACCUCCCAUUUCAAAGUUCUGUCUAUGGUCUUCCAUGGGCCUUGAAUGACUUCGACCUAAACAUGCCAAUUACAUCGGCACAAGCCAACAUCGAGUCUCUUACUGGAUCUGUUAGAGACAACGCCUCCCCAUUCGGAGCAGAGAACACAACGAAUAGUGCCUGGAUGGACUGUGACAGCUCUGCUUUGGAUGGCUAUCAGCAGGGGCUCUUUUCGCUCCCAGCGGGAGAACCAUUGAAUGAGACACCCUGUGAGGGCAGUCCGACUGAUGACCGAACGUCUCGUAGGCGUCGCUCUAAACCCAACGCCAAGAGCAGCACUGGUCCUGUCACAUGUGGUUGGGAAGGUUGCACAUACACACUCCCGUUCACUCAUGUGAUAUCGUUGUGGCGGCAUAUCAAGGACAAGCACAUAUUCCCUGAUGCGUUCAAGUGUCCCUCUCCACAAUGUGGAAAGGCAUAUGGUCGAAAGGACAAGUUGCAGCGGCAUUUGCGAUCGCAUGCAGACGCGGAAGGUAGAGGUAAAUGUCGUUCGUGCCAUACAUGA